AGCGCCCAUGAUCACUCACCUUGUUCAUCGUCCACCAUCUCACUCACGGCACUGUUCGUUCUAACGACUAUAACGAUUUACCUUCAUAUCCUUGUACCAACCACACCACUAUGAAUCGCAUCUUCGGGAGUUCUGCUAGCAAGAAACCCCGUCCGACUCUUCAAGACGCCAUCUCCUCGACAGACACCCGGGUAUCCUCAAUAGAGGUCAAGAUUAGAAAGCUCGAUGGCGAGCUUGGGCGAUACAAAGACCAAAUGAGCAAGCUUCGGAAUGGGCCAGGUAAGAACGCGAUCCAAGAACGGGCCCUACGCACUCUCAAGCAGAAGCGAAUGUAUGAAGCCCAACUGGCCCAAUUGCAACAGCAGACGUUCAAUAUGGAAUCGGCUUCGCUUGCGACUGAGAACCUACGGAAUACGAUGGCGACUGUUGAUGCCAUGAAACAGACACAGAAGGAACUUAAGAAACAAUACGGGAAGAUGGACAUUGACAAGAUCGAGAAUAUCCACUACGAAAUGGAAGAUCUUCUUGAACAAGUCAAUGAGAUUCAAGAAUCUUUAGGAAGAUCCUAUGCCGUACCAGACGAGAUUGACGAGGCGGAUCUUCAAGCUGAAUUGGAUGCUUUGGAACUGGAAGAGGAAGUAGAGGGCCCGUCAUAUCUUGCUGACCUGAAUAAGGUCCCAGACUUCGUUGACGAGGCACCAGUGGAGCUCCCGGAGACUGCUCCGAAAGAACCUGCAGAGGCUGUGAAGUCGGGCGCAUAAUCAUCAAUAGAGAAGUUCCGCGGCACUGUAUCGACUACUAGCAAUUGUACAUUAUUACUGUAGGCAUCACCCCCGAUAUACGAUUUUCAACCUGGGU